AUGAAAUCGAAAUCCAGCGACAAGUCGCCGGGCUCGCGUCUUUCUCAACCGGCGCAUUCGUUGCCCUGGGAGACUAUUCUACAGGAACUCCAUGUGAACCCGGAUCAAGGGCUCUCCAGUGCUGAGGCUACGAAACGACUGCAGCAGGAUGGACCGAAUGAGUUGGAAGAUGACGAGGGGGUGUCGCUGUUGGGGAUUGUGAUCCGACAGAUUGCUAAUGCCAUGAUGCUGGUCCUCAUCAUCGCAAUGGCCGUCAGCUUCGGCAUUCAAUCCUGGAUCGAAGGCGGGGUCAUCGCCGCAGUCAUCGGGCUGAACAUCGUGGUGGGCGUGUACCAGGACUUCGCGGCGGAAAAGACAAUGGGGUCGUUGCGGUCGUUGAGCUCGCCGACGGGAACCGUGACGCGCGACGGAAAGACCAAGACAGUACCUGCUAAGGAGUUGGUGGUAGGCGAUGUGGUCGAGUUGAAGGUGGGCGAUACGGUGCCUGCUGAUGUGCGCCUCAUCGAAACAAUGAACCUCGAAACCGACGAAGCCCUCCUAACCGGCGAAUCGCUCCCGAUCGCCAAAACGCCCUCGCAAGUCUACGACAUCGAAACGGGGCCCGGCGACCGGCUCAACAUCGCCUACAGCUCGACGACCAUCACGCGGGGGCGCGGACGCGGCAUCAUCACCAGCACGGGCAUGACGACGGAGAUCGGGCUGAUCGCCGCGGCGCUACACUCCAAGCCAUCCAACCACAAACGCCGGCAACCGCGCACCAACCCGGAGGAUGACACGCCCAAGAAGCGCGAGAAGGUGAUCAACCCGCUCGCGAACUUCGGCCUGUCCGUUACGGCGUACGUGCUCAACUUCCUGGGGUUGAACACGGGGACGCCCCUGCAGCGGAAGCUCUCGGCGCUGGCGCUGGUGCUGUUCGGGAUCGCGGUCGUGUUUGCCCUCGUCGUGAUGGGGGCCAACGGCAUGCGGAACGAUCGCGAGGUCAUCAUCUAUGCGGUUGCGACCGGGUUGGCGAUGAUCCCUGCUUGCUUGGUGGUGGUGUUGACCAUCACCAUGGCUGCCGGGACGAGGUCCAUGGUGCAGAGGAAUGUGGUCGUGCGGCGGUUGGAGAGUCUUGAAAUGUUGGGUGCUGUGCAGGAUGUUUGUUCCGAUAAGACGGGGACGUUGACGCAGGGGAAGAUGGUGGUUAAGAGAGCGUGGGUUGCUGGGGUUGGGGGGUUGGUGGUUAUGGGCGAGGGCGGCGAUGUUUUGGACCCUGAGAUUGGGGGUGGGGUGCGACUGUCGUCUGCCAUAGGGAAGGGUGGUUCGGAUGCUGGAGUCAGCGGACCAGAGGACGAAGAAAAGAAGCAAGAAGGAGGAGCUGAGCCAUGGGAGUCUCGCAGGGAGGGACUGCUGAACGCCGAGCCUUCGGGAGCCCUGCUGCAACGGUAUCUCAAUGUCGCUGCCAUGGCCAAUCUUGCCCACGUGCACUACUCCGAAGAGAGUCAGGAAUGGCAGGCCCGUGGCGAGCCCACCGAUAUCGCCAUCCAGGUCUUUGCCAUGCGCUUCCAGUGGGGCAGGGAGCGAUGGACGAGCGGCCGCAACCCCGUCUGGACGCAGAAGGCUGAGUACCCCUUCGACUCGACCGUCAAGAAGAUGUCGGUCAUCUUCGAGAAUACGGAGACCUCUGCGCAGAUGGUAUUUUCCAAGGGCGCCGUAGAACGGGUGCUGGAGGCGUGUACGCAGGCUGUAUGGACAGCCGGGGAAGAAGCCAGUCCGCUAGACGACGACAAGAGACAGGAGAUCCUCCAGAAGAUGGAGGAGCUGGCCAAGGAGGGCCUCCGUGUGCUGGCGCUGGCAUGCCGCCCCAUCCAGACCGAUGAGGUUCCGGCGCGCGAAGAGGUCGAGAAAGACCUCAUCUUCUGCGGGCUGAUCGGGCUGUACGACCCGCCGCGACCCGAGACCGCCGGCGCUAUCGAGGAGUGUCGUCGCGCCGGUAUUACGGUGCACAUGGUCACAGGCGACCACCCAGGCACUGCGCGCGCCAUCGCCGCCCAAGUCGGCAUCAUCCCGCGUGACAUGGGCAGCGUGGCCCAGGACGUCGCGGACGCGAUGGUGAUGACGGCCAGUCAAUUCGACCGCCUGAGUGACGAGCAGAUCGACGAACUCCCGACCUUGCCCUUGGUGAUCGCGCGCUGCGCCCCGACCACCAAGGUGCGCAUGAUUGAUGCGCUGCACCGCCGUGGCCGGUACGCGGCGAUGACGGGCGACGGGGUCAACGACUCGCCGUCGCUGAAGCGGGCCGACGUGGGCAUCGCCAUGGGCCAGUCCGGCUCGGACGUGGCCAAGGAUGCCUCGGAGCUGGUGCUGACGGACGACAACUUCGCCUCAAUCAUUAAUGGUAUUGAGGAAGGACGACGGAUCUUCGACAACAUCCAGAAGUUCGUCCUGCAUCUGCUCGCCGAGAACGUCGGGCUGGCGUUGACUCUGCUUAUCGGGCUGGCGUUCAAGGACGAGAACGGGCAGUCGGUGUUCCCGAUCGCUCCUGUAGAAAUCCUCUGGAUCAUCAUGGUGACCUCUGGUCUCCCAGACAUGGGACUGGGCAUGGAAGUCGCCGCGCCGGAUAUCAUGGAUCGACCUCCUCAAAGCAAACAAGGCAUCUUCACCUGGGAAGUAAUCAUCGACACCCUGGUCUACGGCGUCUGGAUGGCGGCGCUCUCGCUCUCGGCCUUCUCACUGGUACUGUUCGCCUGGGGCAACGGCAACCUAGCCACAGGUUGCAACAGCGACCACUCGUCAGCGUGCGACACGGUGUACCGCGCGCGCGCCACCACCUUCGUGUGCAUGACCUGGUUCGCGCUGUUCCUGGCAUGGGAGAUGGUCAACCUCCGCCGCAGCUUCUUCAGCCUCCCCGCCACCACCACCGAAUCCGAAUCUGGUACGAAGAGUCUCCUCGCGAGGAUCAGAGCAUGGUUCGCCUCGCUCCGCCGCAACCGGUUCCUCUUCACGGGCAUCAUGAUCGGCUUCGUGACCACGUUUCCGAUCCUGUACAUCCCCGUCAUCAACGAUGUGGUGUUCAAGCACAUCGGGAUCUCGUGGGAGUGGGGCGUGGUUUUUGUCGAGGCGGGGCUGUUCUUUGUGGGCGUUGAGGGGUGGAAGUGGGCGAAGCGGGUGUAUUUCCGGCGUGAGGCGCGGAAGAGGCAGAGGAGUGGGAAUGGGAAUGGGGGGUUGGUGGAGCGCGAAGAGAAGCGGGAUUUCAGUCGGUAUACGACGAUGAGUCGGGAUGAGGUGGUGCAGAAGGAGGUGUCGAUGUAUUUUAUUGCUAGAGUGGAGUGA